AUGAAGCUGCCCAUACAGCUCCCCAAGCUGUCGUUACCGACUUUUGAUGGAGAUCUGCUCGCUUGGCCAGACUUCUUUGAUAUGUUCUCCUGUGCCGUGGACUCCCAGGCUAUCCCAGAGGUCUCCAAAUUUGCCUACCUCAAAUCGGUUUUGCACGGACGCGCGAGCCGGUUGAUCUGUGGCCUCGCCAUUACAGGUGUGAACUACCCGAUUGCCGUGGCUGCGCUGAAAGCUGAGUUUGCACGACCGGAAUUAAUCGUUUCAAAACUGUAUACGCAGCUGCAGCAGAUCCCCUCAGCUCUGAAUACGUCGGCCAGCAUUAAGCAAACCCUGGAGCACAUUGAGAGCCUCCUCCAACAACUUGAGGCCCAGGGUGAGGUCCUCACUGGCCAACGCCUCAUCAGCCAGCAAAUCCUGACGAAGUUCCCGAUCGAGGUCACUUUCAAAAUCGAGGAGUGGCGCCCACUCGACCAGGCCGCGAAGCCAUGGGACAUUGCAACCCUCCGGCAAGCGUUGAAGCGCUACAGUUGGUUGCAGGAUACAGCCCGGCAUCGUGCCGACUCCACUGCAACAGUGAAUCCAGGUAUCCCGGCGCCGCCUAUGCCUGGCAGCUCCACAGCAGGCACGGCGAGUGCUCUCCCUGCUACUGUCUACUCACCGCAGGAGCCAGCAGGCCAGCGCCAACGCCGCCCCUGUGUGGUUUGCAGUGCUAGUCACUCGCAUGAUGAGUGCAAGCAGUACGCGACCGCCACGGCGCGGAAGGAGCGACUCAUGCAGCUUCAAUGCUGCUUCCGCUGUCUUGGGAAGGGACACCGCAGUGCUGCAUGCACGCGAGACCGCAAGUGUCGCCAUUGCCUGCAGGCGAACCAUCACAACACAGCCAUCUGUACCCAGCCUGCUACCGGUCACGCAAGUGCUGGACGUACACCAUCGACGUUUACAACCGUUGCAUCAGGUCACAGUAGCCCCACGUCCAGUGUCCAGCUGCAAACUGCUACCGUCACCCUCCAUCACAGCAACAAGUCUGUUCGCGCUCGGGUUCUCCUUGACACUGGCAGCCAGCGCACAUUUUUGACAUCUGCUCUGGCUGACACUCUCGCCCUUCGCACGCAACGCACGGAGUAUCUACUGAUCUCUACCUUUGCCGGUGCUCAGCCACACCAGCUCGCCACUCCUGUCGUCGACUUUAGUAUGUCACUCCAGGAUAGCUCGAUGCUAGAGAUGACGGCUCACGUCCUGACCAAAAUCACGGAUCCUGUCGCAUCCCUGAUGAGGAUCGUGAAUUUCUCCAGUCUGUCUCCUCUCGUCUAG